AUGCUUUCCAUUCGAUCUUUUGCCCGCUCGGCCCCCCGAGCAGUAUCUCGAUUGGCCAGCUCAUCAAUCAGACGACCAACAGCCGGAGCCUCCUUAAUACAAGCUGCGUGGAAACCAGCUCAAACACAAAGCGCGGCCGCAUUCUCAAGCUCUGCAUUAAGAUGGGCGAAGGCUGGUGAGGGUGAUGAGGAAUUGGCUUUGAAGCUCGAGUCUGAGCUAGAAAUGGAGAAUGAGAUGAGGGAUCAAGAAGGUGUCCCCAUGAGCGUGAAGGAUUACCAUGACAAUGGGCCUUUUGAGAUCAUCGAUACCCCUGGCCAGGAAGAGGUUGUUCUUACAAGACAAUUUGGUGAUGAGAAGAUUCAAAUCACUUUCUCCAUCGCCGACAUCAACAACCUCGACAAUGAAGCCGAUUAUCAAGAUCCAGCUAUGGCGGAUGAGGAGGAUGCCAUCAACCAAGGAAACCAACAAGAUUUCAAGGCUGCCCCUGAGGACUCUGUCUCGCCCGCUGACCGGGAGGGCGCAGAGGGCGAGGAAGGAGAGCGCUCAUACCCAGCGCGCCUGAAUAUCAUCAUCGAGAAGCCCGGCAAGGGCGCCCUAAAUGUUGAGAGCAUCGUCCAAGACGGAAUGCACAUCAUCGAAAACGUGUACUACUUCAACGACGCCUCCUUCGCAUACGCCAAGACCCCCGAAAAGAUUCACGCCAGACAGGAUAUGUAUUCCGGCCCACCAUUCGCCAACCUUGACGAGGACCUGCAAGUUCUAAUGGAGAGAUAUCUGGAUGAGAGAGGAAUUAAUACGGCACUUGCUAUCUUUGUGCCUGAUUACAUCGAUAUGAAGGAGCAGAAGGAGUACCUGAGAUGGCUAUCAAAUGUCAAGGACUUCGUGGCGGCAUAA